ACUUUGUUUUGAUUUCGUGGUCUGUCAUUUUGAGCUGUGCAAGUUUGUGAAAUUAUUUUGUCUUGCAAAAAAAUUAAAUUUUCGGGUGAAAUUAUUCACUUUUCCCGUGAAUUUUCCUACGAAAAUACAAAGCAAGUGCCAAAGAAAAGCAUUGUGCUGAAGAAUCUUCAAUUUAAAGUGAAUUUUCAACGGGUUUCCGUGUAAAGAAGGAAAAUGGGCCCUCCAAAGAGGGGCAACAAGAGAGACUCGAAGAAUUUCUCUGAUAAAUUUGCCAAGAAAAAACGCGCUGAAGAUGAAGCCUACUCAACCUUGGUGGAGAAUGACGAUGACACUCAGGAGGGUGAUGGAAUCCCCGGGGCAGCCACAAAGAAUGCUGAAAAGAACGAUGAUGCAACGCAGGAGGAUGAGUACGGGGCGAAGGAUUAUCGAUCACAGAUGGAAUUGAAGGAGGAUCAUGGAUCACGACCCCUCUGGGUGGCCCCAAAUGGUCACAUCUUUGUCGAAUCCUUCUCCCCGGUGUACAAAGUCGCGCAUGACUUCCUCAUUGCCAUCUCCGAGCCUGUUUGUCGUCCGGAACACAUUCACGAGUACAAGCUGACGGCCUACAGUCUCUAUGCUGCUGUGUCGGUGGGUCUGCAAACGCACGACAUUGUUGAGUACCUCAAUCGUCUUAGCAAGACCAGCGUGCCUAAAGGGAUUGUCGAAUUCAUCCAACUCUGUACACUCUCCUACGGGAAGGUGAAGUUAGUACUCAAGCACAAUAAGUACUUUGUUGAGAGUUCCUAUCCGGAUGUGCUGCAGAAACUCCUCAAGGAUCCCACAGUACAGCAGUGCAGGCUCAAAAGGACCGAUAGUGAGACUGAUGAUGGAUUCCUCACACAAGUUCAGGAGAAAAAGGGUAUUACAUCCUUUGGGACGAAAUUGCCUGCGAAUCCUGUUGAAGCUGCACCCACUGGAACCGCUGCCGAUGGAAAGACUCCACAAGCUCAAGGACAAAAGGCAAAUAAUGGAGACAAUUCAGUCCCAGAGGAUAUAACAAAUUACUACGAGAAAAUCGACAAUGAGGAUGAGGAGGAAGAUGUUAAUUUAACAACGGUAUCCUUUGAGGUGAAUCAGGAGAAGAUUGAGGUGCUCCAGAAGCGCUGUAUUGAGAUUGAGCAUCCGCUGCUGGCUGAAUAUGAUUUCCGCCAUGACACCGUGAAUGCCGACAUUAAUUUAGACCUCAAACCAGGGGCUGUGUUGCGUCCGUAUCAAGAGAAGAGUCUCCGGAAGAUGUUCGGCAAUGGUCGGGCAAGAUCAGGGGUGAUUGUACUCCCAUGUGGAGCUGGAAAGAGUCUCGUGGGGGUCACAGCAGUGUGUACGGUGCGAAAGAGAGCCCUGGUGCUGUGCAACAGUGGCGUGAGUGUGGAGCAGUGGAAGCAACAAUUUAAAAUGUGGUCAACAGCUGAUGACAGCAUGAUCUGCCGCUUUACGUCGGAUGCAAAGGACAAGCCAAUGGGUUGUGGGAUUCUCGUGACAACCUACAGUAUGAUCACGCACACGCAGAAACGAAGCUGGGAAGCGGAGCAGACAAUGCGAUGGCUUCAGGAUCAGGAAUGGGGUAUUAUGGUGCUCGAUGAGGUGCACACUAUCCCCGCAAAGAUGUUCCGGCGAGUCCUGACUAUUGUGCAAAGUCACAGCAAACUCGGGCUAACGGCCACACUUCUGCGUGAAGAUGAUAAAAUUGCCGAUCUCAACUUCCUCAUUGGCCCCAAAUUGUACGAAGCCAAUUGGUUGGAGUUGCAGAAGGAAGGCUUCAUUGCGAAGGUCCAAUGCGCAGAGGUGUGGUGCCCAAUGACGUCUGAGUUCUACAGGGAAUACCUCCUGUGUCAGACGUCCAAGAAGAUGCUGCUGUACGUGAUGAAUCCAAACAAAUUCCGCGCAACGCAAUUCCUCAUUCGCUACCAUGAGCGUCGUGGUGAUAAGACAAUAGUCUUCAGCGAUAACGUCUUCGCCCUCAAGCACUAUGCUAUAAAGAUGAACAAGCCCUACAUCUAUGGGCCAACAUCGCAAAAUGAACGUAUUCAAAUUCUGCAGAAUUUCAAAUUCAACACGAAAGUCAACACGAUUUUUGUGAGUAAAGUCGCCGAUACGAGUUUCGAUUUGCCCGAGGCGAAUGUCCUCAUUCAGAUCUCCUCGCAUGGGGGAUCCCGACGUCAGGAGGCACAGCGACUGGGGAGAAUUCUGCGUGCAAAGAAGGGAGCCUUCGCCGAGGACUACAAUGCCUUCUUCUACACACUCGUCUCCCAGGAUACGCUCGAGAUGAGUUAUUCACGGAAGAGGCAGCGCUUCCUCGUGGAUCAGGGCUACAGCUACAAGGUCAUCACGCACCUCGAGGGUAUGGAUGAGGACAAUGAGCUUCUGUACAAGACACGCGAGGAACAGGGAAAUCUCCUGCAGCAAGUGCUGGCAGCAUCGGAUAUUGACUGCGAGGAUGAAAGGGUGCCCGGUGAGGGUGGCCCCAGUGGCUCACGCAUGACCAAGAGAGUCGGGGGCCUCAGUUCCAUGUCUGGUGGUGAUGAUGCUGUCUACUAUGAGUUCAAGAAGAAGAACGCCCAUCAGCAUCCGCUCUUCAAGAAGUUCCGUGGAUAAAUUCAAAAAAAAAUUUUUUUUCAAUUUUUCAUUAAAAAAAACCAAUAAAAUGCUUUUCAAUAUUUA